CUAGUUCUGAUGGACUCCUGCAAAAUAGGUUUCCACUAAUGGAAUCAAAGGGAUUCCUUGAUGCUACCGAAGAAGAUGAAAUAACAAAGUUAACAGGCAAAACCAUGUUGAGCUCUGAAAAUUCUUGCGCAAACUAUGGUGAUUUGGAUCCCAAAGACAACAAAACAAAGCCAAACAAAAGAAGAUCGAGGGCAUCGAAAAAGACUCCUAUGAUUCUCCUCAAUGCCAACACUACGAAUUUUCGAGCCUUGGUGCAACAGUUUACGGGCUGCCAGAGUGCUCCUUCUUCUUCAUUCAAAGGUCCAAUCAACUUGAACUUUGGAGGAGGGAGUGCAGAAAAUGAUAUGGACGUAGCUGAUCAUCAAUCUAGUAUCUUUGGAUACAACAAUUUUGUUCAAAACAUUCAGGCUGAUGAUCAAGUGCGUGAUCAGCAGCAGCAAUUAGAAGAUCACGAACGUCUGUUAUCUAGUGGGAGCUUUGAUGGAGAUGCUUCCCUUUCAACAUAUGGUAAACCUGAAACUUAUGCAACCGCCUUGGAAAACAUAGGUGCAGAGAAUGGUAACCUUUUUCACGAUUUCCCAGGAGAUUUUUCUUCCAAUGUACUUCCAGAUGAUGAUGAUUUUACCUUCUGAUGGUUCUGAGAAUCAAUUACCAGUAGAAAUGUUUGUUUGUC